GGGGGGGGGGGUUUCAGUGAUUCAUCAAGCUGGGGAAUCUAUGUAGUACUUUGAUUUUGCUAAGCUGCGGCUGAAAGAGAGAGAUAAAUGGAAGAGAUAGGUCCACAAGUCGCUGCUCCUGUUUCACUUCACCAUCCUAUGGCAAGAAAACGCCACCCGCACUGGCUUGUCUCGUCUCAGCCACAGCCUAGGAAUGAUUGGAAUCCUGACAUGUGGGAAUGGGACAGCCAGAGAUUUGAAGCUAAACCAGUAGAAGCUGAGGCUAAUAAUGUCAAUGUGAGUCACGAGAGAGAAGGAAGAGGCCUUGAUUUGAAUCUCAGCGGCGGUUUUAAUGAUGCACCGAUCGUAACCAGGCCUAACAAGAGGGUUAAAUCAGGAUCUCCGGGAAGUGCAGGAGGUGGGAACUACCCCAAGUGUCAGGUUGAUAACUGUAUCGAAGAUCUUUCAGUCGCCAAGGAUUAUCACAGAAGACAUAAAGUCUGUGAGGUUCACAGCAAAGCUACCAAAGCUAUUGUUGGAAAACAGAUGCAGAGGUUUUGUCAACAGUGUAGCAGGUUUCAUCUUCUUUCCGAGUUUGACGAGGGAAAGAGAAGUUGCAGGCGAAGGUUGGCUGGACAUAACAGGCGGAGGAGGAAAACUCAGCCUGAGGAGAUUGUGGCUCCUAAUAAUACCUCUAAUAACGCUAAUAUGGAUGUUAUGGCUCUGUUAACAGCUUUAGCUUGUGCACAAGGUAGGAACGAUGCUAAACCUAAUGGGUCUCCUGCAGUACCACAAAGACAGCAACUUCUUCAAAUACUUGACAAAAUUAAAGCGUUACCGUUGCCUGUGGAUCUUGUCUCAAAGUUGAACAAUAUCGGAGUUUUAGCUAGGAAAAAUCUGGAUCAGCCUUCAGCUAUGAACCCACAAAAUGAUAUGAAUGGGGUCUCUUCUCCAUCUACCAUGGACUUGCUCGCUGUUCUCUCAACAACUUUAGGUUCAUCUGGACCUGAGGCCAUAGCUUUUUUAUCCCAGGGUGGAUUUGGUGACAAAGACAUCAACGAGAAAACUAAGUUAACUUCUUCUGAUCACGCCAUUACAACCAAUUUAGAAAAGAGAACUUUAGAGUUAACCUCUUUUGGAGAAGGAGAGAGAACCAGUAGCAGUCACCCAUCUCCUUCUCAGGAUUCAGAUUUACACGCUCAGGACACUAGACCUAACUUGUCUCUACAACUGUUCACCUCUUCGCCAGAAGAUGAGAGUCAACCGACGGUUGCAUCUUCAGGGAAAUACUAUUCUUCUGCGAGCAGUAACCCCGUUGAAGAUAGAUCGCCAUCGUCAUCUCCGGUCAUGCAGGAGUUCUUCCCGUUACAGACAUCUCCUGAAACCAUGAGAUCUAACAACAACUGCAGAAACUCUAGUCCCAGUCCCAAGACUAGUUGUUUGCCCCUCGAGCUCUUUGGUGCAGCAAAUCCUAGUUUUAACGUAUCCAGACAUCAUCAAUCUGGUUAUGCUUCUUCUGGUUCGGAUAAUUCUCCUCCCAGUUUGAACUCUGAUGCUCAGGACCGCACCGGGAAGAUAAUAUUUAAGCUACUUGGAAAAGAUCCUAGUCAGCUCCCUGGGACAUUGAGAACCGAGAUCUAUAGCUGGCUAUCGAGCAUUCCAUCAGAAAUGGAGAGUUAUAUCAGGCCUGGCUGUGUUGUUCUCUCUGUCUAUGUGGCAAUGUCAGCUUCUGCUUGGGAGCAACUUGAGGAAAACUUGCUGCAGCGGGUUAGUUCUUUGGUUCAAGAUUCAGAGUUUUGGAGCAACACAAGAUUUUUGGUCAACACAGGGAGACAGCUCGCGUCGUACAAACAUGGUAGAAUUCGUCUGAGCAAAUCCCGGAGAACUUUGAGUUCACCAGAGCUGAUAACGGUGUCACCUCUUGCUGUUGUAGCCGGUGAAGAAACAACUUUGGUAGUAAGGGGUAGAAGCUUGACCAAUGAUGGAAUCAGUUUUCGUUGCGCGCAUAUGGGUAACUAUUCAUCAAUGGAGGUAACUGGAACAGCGUAUAGGAGUACCAAGUUCGAUGAACUAAUUGUAAAUAGGUUCCAAGUCAAAUGUCCAAGCCCUGGUUCUCUGGGGCGAUGUUUUGUUGAGGUGGAGAAUGGAUUCAGAAGCGACAGUUUCCCGUUGAUAAUCGCCAGUGCCACGAUUUGCAGAGAGUUGAAUCGCCUUGAAGACGAGUUUCAUCCAAAUGAGCUGACAGAACACAGCUCAGAUCGUCCAAGAUCAAGAGAAGAAGUUGUUUGUUUCUUGAACGAGCUCGGUUGGCUAUUUCAGAAGAAAUGUGCAUCUGAAUUUUCUCUCCCUCGGUUCAAGUUUCUCCUCGUAUGCUCUGUGGAAAGAGAUUACUCUUUUCUCGUGAGAACGCUUCUAGAUAGGCUGGUAGAGCGAAACUUGGGCAAAGACGGUCUGAUGAACAAAGAGUCCUUAGAUAUGCUGGCUGAGAUUCAGCUACUGAAUCGCGCUGUUAAAAGGAGGAACACAAAAAUGGCUGAAACGCUGAUACAAUAUUCCGUUAAUCCCACAGCUAAAAAGUUCAUCUUCUUGCCUAACAUCACUGGACCUGGUGAUAUCACACCUCUGCAUCUGGCUGCUUCUACAUCUGGCUCAGAUGAUAUGAUUGAUGUCCUCACUAAGGAUCCACAAGAGAUAGGAUUAUGUUGCUGGAAUACCCUGAUCGAUGUAUGUGGACAGACUCCAUUUAGCUAUGCUGCAAUGAGGAACAACCACAGUUACAACACCUUGGUGGCUCGUAAACUUGCAGAUAAGAGAAACGGUCAAAUAUCUCUGAACAUAGAGAACGGGAUCGAUCAGAUUGGUCUGAGUAAGAGACUAAGCUCAGAGCUCAAGAGAUCUUGCAACACAUGUGCAAGUGUGGCUCUGAAGUAUCAGAAGAAGGUUUCAGGCUCACGUCGUUUGUUUCCAACUCCAGUCAUCCACUCAAUGCUUGCGGUUGCAACAGUAUGCGUUUGUGUUUGUGUGUUUAUGCACGCUUUCCCAAUAGUCAGACAAGGAUCUCACUUCAGUUGGGGAGGUCUUGAUUAUGGCUCAAUGUAAGAAGUACAAAUAAGGUUUGUAUAAUUCUUCUGGCCAUUGCAGAGAGUAAAGAGAAGAAACUGGUUGGGGUCAGAGUAUACAUAGCUUCAACACCUGAAUUGUUAUAUAUUUUGGCUAAUCAUGUUUUAUUUUCUUCUGCUUGGUUACACUUGAGGUUCUUUCUUUUAUUUCUCUUAUCAACACAAUAACUGUGGUUAUUUACUGAAACUGUUUUACUGUUUGGGGGCUAUUAUAUUUGUAGAGUUGUGUUAGUAGA